AUGUACUUUACUAGCCAGCGUAUCCUCGUCGCUCAAGGACGACUGGUACGUGAGUUACACAUUACGGAGAGGGUUGGCCGUUUUGGCGGUUGUCGUCCCUCCAGCGGCGGUGCGUCGGCGGUGGUGGCGGCCGGUGUGAAACCAGCUCGUCGUAUGGCCAUUAUUUUCGCAAGAAACGAGCCGAUUUUCUGUCGCCGCCCAUCAUCGCGUGCAGCUGCAGCAGCAGCACCGCCUCGUGCUCGCCAUUCGCCGCGACCAGCGAUGUUGUCGCUGCGCGAAUACUCGCGACUGAUCUAUCGUCGACCGUUAACAGUCGCCAUCACGGCAGUGCUGCUUACCGGCAUAUUACCGCUUGUUAUUCUCUAUUUUCUACCUAUUAAACUUAGUCAGAACGCUGAAAUUGGUUUCGACACGAAGGACACUGAAUUGUCCGGACCUCGACUAGCAUGGCAGAAACUUCAACAAACGUUAACCACAUCGAACCGGAUCAACUUCGCCAAUCAUCCGCAGCUGAAUGUGACCGGAUUAGCACGAACACAAAACGUCACCGCGGUGGGAUCCCGCCGGAAUCGGCGAUCAUGGGCUGAUCAGCUGUUCACCACGUUCAGCACCAUCGCAUGCUAUGAUGCUCCCAUACCUCUGAUGAGCCACCUUAGCCAGAUCGUCAUCGAAGUGCCUCGUCUUUCCACAAUAUUCCAGUUUGACUUCUUACGGAAGAUUUGUUCCAUGCAAGACUACAUCGCGGAAGAACUCGACGCUUUCGAUGACUACACACCUUACCGGAAUAUUUGGAGUGUGGCGAACUUCUUUGCAUGUUUAUCGCCUGAAUUUCUGUACAAUUGCUCCGAACUCACCGUGAACCAUGUGGAUAGUGUGCAUCGGCUUGUCACUUACUGUACACUGUACCGGGACAAGCUAAUAGCAUGUAAAGUCGCUUGCAAAGAGGAUUGCUCUUCUUGUCCAGGUGUACCGUUGAACUGUUCAUCGACGAUGAUGUUCGACUUGUUCUACAGGCUUUUACCUCGUGAUUUGAGUGCCGAACCAAUGCAUUUGAACACUUUCCUCCCGGUAUUUACGCUUACUGGUUACUUAACGCAGAAUAUCUUCGUCCCAUUGGAUCUCUACAACAAACUCGAGGUGGCUAUCGUGAAUUUUAUGAAGAAAGAAAAUCUUGCCAUUAAAGGGAUUUUGAUGGAGGUGAAAAGAGAUCGUUUGCUGCCAGCUGCGAUGUCCGAUUCCCUGCUCGCCCUACUUGCUGCCGGUGUUGUUGCACUCAUCGUCGCACUGCAUUCACGAUCGCUCACCUACGCUAUCGCCGUAUUCCUGGUGUUGGCGUUAAGUGUAUUAGGUUCCCUCGCGAUCUACUCGUUCUUCACCUCAGACUUCCCUCUCUUAAACCUCGUAAUCUUCGUACUUCUCAUAGCUGUAGGCACCGAUGACGCGUUUUUACUCUUCAGUCAUUUUCCACACACACUCGAUGAGGACUCCUUUUAUGAGUGUCUUCAUCACACCAGUUCAACCAUGUUUCUCACAUCCUUCUCCACAGCUGUUCCAUUUUUCGUAAACAUCGCCUCAAAUGUGAUCGUUUUUCGGUGUUUCGGCCUAUUCGCUGGUGUUACCAUUCUGAUCAACUAUCUACUCGUCGUUUCAUUUCUUCCAGCAUUUCUCAUUUUGCAACGAAGGUGGUGUUCUUGUAUCCCUUUAUUGCCCGAUAUCGGAGUUUUUCUGUCAAAAUCGUUCAAAGAGGUUCUUCCAUGGGUAAUUGUACAGGGACGAUUUGUAUGGAUGACAGCGCUAUCAAUUGUUGUAGCGGUUGCAACUGUUGUUUCUGUAAGGGAUUUACAUCUACCCGAAUACAAUCCACUCCAACUUUUUAUUGCAUCAAAUCCUCACGAAUGGUAUGACAACAACGCUGAGAAAACGUUCGAAUUCGUGGAGGAAAAGAUCGCAAUCCCAUUGUACGCGCGUCUUGUUUGGGGAGUGAAGACGGUGAAUUCGACGGCUAUGUUCAGACCACAUGCGGUCACUCCUUUAGAGUCUGAUCCCUCAUUCACUCUGUCGACUCCUACGGAUAUACGAGAAUUGGCUGCUAAUUUGUCAAACUACAGAGCUUUACCGUUCAUUAAUCAUUCGGAACCGUUUUGGCCGGAAAAAUUCCUCAAUUGGAGCGCGGCAUAUCGCUGCCAAACGGGGUACAUUUGCUGUAACAUGUCUCAUUCGUUGUUCAAUAACGUGUACUUGGAUUAUUGCCUGCGAAACUCUACUUCUGCUAUCUUCACCUCCUACAACGACACUCCAAUCUUCGACAACAACUCUUUUGCAUUAUGCGGGUAUACAGCACUUUUGCCCACGCAUCUAUCGUAUUCUCAUCGUUUCCAUCGUCUGGCUCAUGCAUUCGAUUUGCUCGCCACGCUUACGCCUCCAAAUGGUUGGUGGGCUCCUGAAUGGGCGCUGAUGUCCACAUGGUACGAUCUACAACGAUCAAUAGUCUCCGAUGUACGUUCAUCGGUGAUUGUUUCCGUUUCUGUAGUGGCUCUAUUCGCUGUACUUCAGUUGAAAAUGCAAGCAAUAGCCGCUGUAAUCACAUGUGUAUGCAUCAUUGCCUGUUCGGUCGGCAGCGUUACGCUUCUUGGAUGGGAAAUCGGUGUGCUGGAGGCUGUUAUCCUUGUGUUGGUCGUGGGACUCUCGUUCGACUAUACGCUACAUUUCGGCGCCGCUUUGCCGAAGACCGGAUGCAAAUCGCAUCGGAUUCAACGAGCAGCGAAUCUUGCUUCGGUGCCCGUCUCACUUUCCGGUUUUACCUCAUUUCUUGCCGGAGCUUCGAUGCUAUUCUCACAAACGCACGCUUUUUCUCAGGUAGGAGUAUUCCUAAUCGUGAUCACGCUGUCCAGUUGGAUCUACGCUACAUUUUUCUUCUUACCGAUACUCUCGCUUACACUACCGUCCAGUAAAGAAUGUGUGGAAUGCGAUAAGGAGGCGUCAAGAUCAUUCCCUAUGCAGGAAAAGUUUCGCUCAUAG